AUAAAACAGCAAGUCUUAUUCAUCUCCUUAUCCCUCUCUUUCAUCUCCGCGUCGCUCUACAAAAUCAUGUCUUGAACAUAGGCCUAGAUUCUGUCGGAAGGCAAUGCUAAAGAAAUUCAUAGGACGCCCAGUAUCAAUUAACAAGUAGGACGGAAAUUGCUAGGCUGACCAGUUCCAUAUAGCAAGCAAGACUGAGAAUGUGCUCUACGAUUGGGUCUUCACCCUUAGUAUCGGAAUUUUGGAGAGAAAAGAUUGAUCAAGGAGGAAACGGAUGGACACUGACCUUGUAUACCUAUGGGUACACCCUGGCUGUCAUAGUGAUCAUACUGACAUGCCAUUUGCUAAACUCUCACCUUCGGUUUGCCUCCUCUUUUGCAUCCGCCUUCAGAUCUAGAGAACAACCUGCUGCAGAUUCACAUGCCGAAUCCAACAGUCGUCCUGAUGUCUAUUCAUCUGCUCUUUCUGAUAUCCGGAUCACUACAGUGAUAUCUGAUAUAGAUCUGAAGAAUUUGAUUGACGACUUAAAUAUGAAAUCCCAAACUAUUGAGAAAUGGGAAGAUGUCAUUAACCGGAGAACAGAUCGUUUUUCCUACUAUGCACGGUGUUGUAAGUCGAAGGGUGCCCCUCUUAAAUAUCUGAGUGUCACCGUCUUUGAGAAUUGCUCCGUUGAGAUGUUAAGAGAUUUUUACAUGGACAAUGAUUUCCGAAGAGUUUGGGACAAAACCUUGAUUGAGCAUAAGCAGUUGCAGGUGGAUACAAGCAGUGGAACUGAAAUUGGCCUCAUGAUAAAAAAGUUUCCACUAUUGACUCCAAGAGAGUAUGUAUUAGCUUGGAGAGUGUGGGAAGCGAAUGAUGGAUCGUUCUACUGUUUUACCAAGGAAUGUGAAUAUCCUUUGGGUCACAGAAGGAAGAAGUACGUAAAGGUUGGGCUCUUUAGAUCUGGUUGGAGAAUCAAGAAAGUUUCUGGUAGGAAUGCCUGUGAGAUCCAAAUGGUACACCAAGAAGAUGCUGGUCUGAAUGUUGAAAUGGCAAAACUAGCCUUUGCAAAGGGUAUAUGGAGCUAUGUCUGUAAAAUGGAUGAUGCACUUCGCCGAUAUGCCAUUGAGCGUUCUCAAUCUACUUCAGGUGUGAGUGCAGUCACGUUAAUCCAAAAGGUUCCACUUGUAUUGGACACCUCAAACAACACAAGGAGAUUAAACAAUCCAGAAACCAGCACAAGUAGUGACCAUUGCCGUGGAGUGUCGCAUGAAUGCAGUACAAGGGAGCAAACAAAAGAGACAGUAAACAACGUGGUGCCGAAUAUGCUGAUGCUCCUUGGUGGUGCUGUCUGCCUGUCUAGAGGGCUCUCUAACUUGGGAGCAAAGGUUGCCAUGGCAUGUAUUCUGGGUAAGCUUGUGAAGCGCAGUGCUUUGAGAAGCAAAAGCCUACAGAAUCUUUGAUGCUGAUGCUCCUUGUGCUUGGGGGCAGAUGGUAGCUUUGACGAUAGCAUGCUGAAUCUUUGGUUGCUGGCUUAUCUAAGUUGAGUCAUAUCAUC